AUGGACGAACCUUCUUCUUCUUCCUCCUCCUUUUCAGCCUCCGCCGUGCUCAGCCGCAGCCCGGCCAUCGACCGCCACAAUCCCAUCAUCACCGACUCCCGGCGGUCCGUCUCAUCGCCCACUCACCCACCGCCACGUGUCCCCAACAAGAGCAAGAAGAAAAACAGCAUUAACGCUACUAAUAACAAACAGAAAACCAUCCCACCAAAGGAAAAUACUCGAAAGCCCGAAGUUAAAGAAUCGAACUUGAAAAUUACUACUGUAUUGAAGAAAAGCACCUGCAACUGGAAUUUUACCGGGCCCGGCGGGUUCAUAAGCCCGCCGGGCUCGACUAGGUACUUGCUGGGCGAAAACGUGUUGUUUGAGAACUUAUCGGAUUUGGGCCCGGCCCAAAAGAUAUUCCCUGAUGAGCCCAAGAAGGUGAAUGCAGCAAAGUCUCCAUCUUUAGCAGAUUGCUGCACUGAAAAGGUUGUUGUUCUGAGAGUGUCUUUGCAUUGCAGAGGGUGUGAGAGGAAAAUGAGAAAGCAUUUAUCAAGAAUGGAAGGUUUGUUAUGCAAAUAA